AUGUCGAUCUCUGAACAAUCUGCGAAGGGAAUUGUUCCAAAGAUUAGACAGACUUCCUCCGACGAGCCUAACGUUCACGAAGUCCCGAAUUCUCAAUCGUACACCACCGACAUGUCCUAUUUCUUGAGGUACCCAAAUCGCUGGUCAAAACUACGUUAUAACAUUCGCGAACCAGCCGCGGAGUUUCUGGGUACCGCCAUUCUUUGCUGGUUUGGCACAGCAGGGAACGCACAAGGGAUCCUCUUUGACAAUCCGAACGGUUGGAUGUCUGUUGCUAUCGGUUGGGGAAUCGGCCUUGGACUUGGUGCAUGGGUUUCUGCUGGUAUUAGCGGUGGACACAUUAAUCCCGCGGUUACAAUUACUAUGGCCACUUACCGCGGGUUUCCUUGGAAGAAGGUUCCGAUCUACUGCAUCUCCCAACUUUUGGGGGGAAUCGUUGGUGCAGCGUUGACUUAUGCGAAUUACGUUGAUGCCAUCAACCUUGCCGAAGGCGGACCCGGUAUUCGCACUGUUUCGGGAACGGCUGGCCUGUUCGGCACGUACGCGGUAUCCUAUCUUUCUAAUGCUUCGGCCUUCUUUGAGCAAUUCUUUGGCGCCUUUCUUCUAGUUUUCGUUCUCUUAGCUGUGCUAGACAGGAAGAACGGACCUCCACCGGCUGGACUUGUCCCGGUCGUCCUCUUCCUCAUAUUGUUUGGCCUCGGCAUGGCACUCGGUGCUCAGACCGGGUUUGCGGUGAACCCAGCCCGUGACCUAGGACCGCGUAUUUUGACUGCAAUGGCCGGCUAUGGCGCAGCAGUAUUCACUUUCCGCCACCAGUACUGGCUAUGGUGUGGUGUGCUUGCUCCGAUCCUUGGAGGUCUCGUUGCAGGAUUUGUAUACGAUGCGUUUGUGUACACUGGCGAGGAUAGUAUUUUCAACCGGCCGAAUCGAGCUGCUAGGACAACACGUUUGCAUGCGCUGACAAAAGAGGCACAGAAAAUUCCCUCUGGCGGCGACAUGGUCUGAAGACAGACAAAAUUCUUUUCUAGACGGACACGACUUACGAAGAAGCUCUGCAUGACUAACUGAAGUGGUCCCCGGGUAUCAAAUUGAACAAUUCUUUGGAUUUACAUGCCCCUUUACCUUCUUGGUUUUACUUUUCGCUUUUUUGCCUUCAGGUUUUGAUUACUGCCGGACAGAUGUUGUACAUUAGC